UUUGAAAUGGCCUUGAAGAAAAAUAUGUCAAUAUUAGAGGGAGAACAAUUGUACGUGCUUGAAAUUCUUAUCGAUCAUCUAAAUCUAUGUCCAGAAAAGAUUGUCAGUAACGAAGGGUGCGAUUUGAUGAUACAUAUAGGUUUCGUCGAUCUUAAACCUAUCGACAUCGUCGUUCAGGAAUCAAUCAAGGUUAAUGGCGGAACAACUAGGACUGCUAGAAGUAAAGAAAAUGGAUUUUCCAACGAGUACAUCAGUCACGAAGGCAAGACAUGUCUACUCGUUCGGACACCGAGCAAUUUAAUACGAUCCGUAAAAUCGACUCCUCUCAGCAUCGAAGUGUAUAGGAUUUCUUUCGAGGAGGACCACAAUUCGCGAGAUGAUGCCAGAUUUGUUCUCUUUUGUGCAGCAACGGCAUUUUUGCCAACAAGUUUUUGCGAUCGCAUAACUGCGGCCAAAAAUAAGAUAGAUGGACUAUCAAAAUCGUACGUGUUGACAAGAAUUUAUACUUUGACCGAUGAACAUGGGAAUCCGUGUGGCUCUAUAUUCAUGUGCAUGAGGCUGUCGUGUUUUGGAAGCUCCAUUAUAAAUCAUCUUACGCUUCACGAGAAGUCAUUUGUAUUGCGAGGAUUUCCUCUCGGUUGGAAGUUUUCUUGCACGAAACUGCCCGAUGAAAGUGAAAACAACGAGAAAUGUAUGAAAAAAUCCGACAAUAAUACAUCGUUAUUGUACAAAAUUCUCGAUCCUACAUACUCCUCAAAAUUGUACAACCAGGACGAUCGUACAGAGACAGAAUCCGCCGUGUUGACGAGACCGGAAUCGCCGCCUCGCAUAUCAAUGAAUCAGCCAGGAUUCGAAAGAUUAACGAGCGCCGAGAAAUUAAACGAUCACAAGUACCGUGGUUUAAUUUACGAGAUCUAUCAUAACGAGCCGACUUGUUCGUGUCUACCGACAGACCGAUCGACGCAUCCAAUGAUGUGUCGUUCCGGGUGUGUCCGUUCUUGUUGCAUGGCUUUAAGAAAUCCCGAUUCUCUCAAAAAGUUUCCAUCGCUUACUACGCUUGCUUCCGAUAAUUUAUAUUUAAAAUCAGAUCUGGAGCAAAACGUGAUGGAUCAUGACUCUACGAGACUUGGAGGUGGUGAAGACACAGAGGAUAAUUAUUUGAAUAACCAAGCGUGGGACGAAGAAUACAGACGGCAUGAGAAUGAUAUUAAUUUAAAAAAUCGUAUGAUGGGUGGAAGUGAUUAUGGUGCAUCAGCUUGUGAACUUUCCGAAGCAACGACCGUCACAUAUGAGAAGAGCAAGAAGGGAACGGGCGCUAACUUACCCUGUAGAUCUCGACCGAGAACAGCGGACGGAAUUAAAGGAACAGAUUGCAUUUGUCCUGCGGGGAAAGCUCCAUCGCCUUGGAAAACAAACGCGUCUAGAUGCACGAAAAGAGCGUGUGUAGGUGCCGAUUGUAUGAUUCGCGCCUUCAAAGAGGUCCAAGAAUUCGUGGAUUCUCUCGGUAAGGUGCCGGGUAUGGAGGGUCUUGGCUUGAUGGAUCCAUCCGAAAGUCCUUAUUUUGGCCGAGAGAUUACACAGAGAGAUUACACGAUUCGUCAAGAAACGCCAGGCGAGAGAAGACGAGGAGGAUACCCGAUCUCAGCACCGCCAGCAGUUCAGUGUCCCGCGCCUUGCAACACGCAGAUUGGUAAACCCACCACUAGUACUGUCUCCGCACCUUACCUCGCAUCUACUUCCAUAAUGACAGCAGUUCCAGGACGCAUUGGCGUAGUACGCGAGGCGAUACCGUGGUUAUCAGCGGAAACGACGUUACUCCCGAUCGCCGUCAAGCCAUCGAAGAAAAAGGAGGACAAGAAGGAAGAGAAAUUUGAAAAGCAGAAAGAGCUGGACAUCGCGACCUCCGCGCCGAUAGACGUCGACGUUGGUCCUUGCGGUGAACCGAAAUGCAAAUCUCGCCGGAAGAAAAAGGACGAUCGAAUAGUGCAACCGCACGACCUUGAGGAUACGCAUCAGAUGAAGCCAAUACGGACGAUACCAUCACCUGCCAUCGCUGCGAAGCGAUUCAUGCUGGAAAAGGAACGAUAUCCGAAGGGGAUGAAGCCAGGUCCGAGUGGGGACAGGGGUCCUGUCAAGGUUAGCAGACGAGUGAUGCGAUACGUUUACUCUAUCGGCGAUGUCUAUCCUGGGACUAAUUACGGCCAUAAGAAUUGCAUCGAUCCACGGUUCAGGGUGCCGGCUAACAUGGGCUGGCUGUGGAACACGAGUGCAACGGUAGGCAAGCUCAAGCCGCGAAUCGGCUGGAAGCCAGGCGCGAUCGGGCGUUACUUGAAUGAAUUAUUGAAGGAGGCGAAGGGAGCUUCUAUGGAGGAUCAUCGGGCACUGAGGUCGAUACCCUCGCGCACCAGCUUGCGACGCGGCAAGGUGUACAAGAGCAUGAGCUACGUGAGCUCGCCGGUGAAGAAGGAGAGCGAAGAGGACGCGGAACCGCCACCGACCCUGCACAUUCACCGUAAGGAUGGCACGUACUACGUGACCAUGUACCCGAUCAGGCAGGAGACGACCGCGGACGUAUCGCAGCUGGAGGAGCCGAUGAAGCCGCUGCAGUUCAAGAUAGUGCGCAACAAGGAUGACGCUUCCGUCGCGUCGAGCUCCACCGCCUCGGAUAUGGAAAUCGAAUUCUCGCCGCCGGCAGCGGUCAACAGGUACCGCAAGAAGCCCGACGUGAUUCACGUGGACACCCAGGUCAGGCAGCAGGAGAUUCUCGAUGCGUUCAAGCUGACGGUCGACACGCCGAAGACGAAGAAGGAGAAGGAGAAGAGAGUCAAGAAGGAAAGGAAGGGAAAGAAGUAACGAGAGAUCGUCCUUCCUUU